CAACUCCCACCAUCCCCUGCUAUUGGGCAUGCUGGCUAGGGCUGAUGGGAGUUACAAUCCAACGACAUCUGGAGGGCCAGAAGUUGCCCGCCCGUGAAGUCGUUCAUGGAUCAGAAGGGAGGCAUGUCAUUUCGAGGAAGAGGUGGUGGUAAUCGUGGUGGCGGAUUCAAUCGGGGCGGAGGUGGAUUCAAUCGGGGCGGAGGUGGAUUCAAUAGAGGAGGACGUGGUGGUGGAAGAGGUGGAUUUGGCCGUGGAGGAGGACGAGGAGGCUUCAACAGAGGAGGAUAUGACCAAGGACCCCCUGAAAGUGUAGUCAUUGUUGGAGAGUUUAUGCACCCUUGUGAAGAUGACAUUGUUUGCAAAUGUGUCACUCAGGAAAACAAAGUACCUUAUUUCAAUGCACCAGUCUAUCUGGAAAAUAAAGAACAGAUUGGGAAAGUGGACGAAAUAUUUGGGCAACUCCGAGACUUUUAUUUUUCAGUCAAAUUGUCAGAAAACAUGAAAGCAUCUUCCUUCAAAAAGCUACAAAAGUUUUACAUCGAUCCAGCAAAAUUGCUUCCUCUGCAAAGGUUUUUGCCAAGGCCUCCAGGUGAGAAAGGCCCUCCAAGAGGUGGUAGAGGAGGGCGUGGAGGAAGAGGAGGUGGCCGAGGUGGAGGUGGCCGAGGUGGAGGUGGUUUCAGGGGUGGCAGAGGUGGCGGAGGGUUCAGAGGAGGACGUGGUGGAGGUGGUGGUCGAGGAUUUAGGGGCAGAGGACGUUAAGUGAAACUCUGGGAAGAAUCACAUUUAUGGCUUUGUUACGAAAUGCAAUGAAAAGUUUUCUUAUUAACUUGAAUGCUACAAAAUGGACGAUUUUAAUCGUACAGUUGUCAAGACUUGACUAUCACGUCUGUAGUUCAUGGAUUUCUACUAAAAUGGAUGAUUUAAGAAGAGCUGCAGAUUCUUGGAUCUCUCUUGGUCUGUAAUAGACAUUAAAGGAAAUGUUAUUUUUUUAA